AACAGGUUUAAGUUGCGGACGGAAAAGAUAAAAUUUUCACACACGACGACGUCGACACAACACCAACACCAAAACAGCGCCAACAAGCAGAACAACAGCUUUCCUUUCUCUCAACAACAGCACCUACACCUACAACAUCCUGAGAUCCGUUUGAAAUACUACCGGGAUGACAUGGUGGGGAAGUUUGAGUUCGCGACGAGAAUGCGGUCGAUUUCGAUCGAAAACCUUCAGUACGAAACGAAGAACGUGUGGAAAUUUGGAAGUGGGAGCAAUUCGAAGAACUUCCUGCGCAUUCCGGAU